GGGGCGACAGCAGCUGAGGAGGUCAGCGCCCGCGAUCAGCACACAGCCGCCCACCAAUCAGAGGACGUGGUGUGCCGGCGCCUUCAUACACCCUAUCGGGAUUGUGCGCGUGGAGUGAGGAGAGCAGCAGCAGCAGAAGCAGCGAUGGCCCAGGAUGAUUUUGAAAAGGCAGCAGAAGAGGUUAAACAGCUCAAAUUAAAACCAUCUGAUGAUGAAAUGCUGUUGAUCUACAGUCUGUACAAACAGGCAACGGUUGGAGAUGUGAAUACAGAUCGUCCUGGCAUGUUUGAUUUGAAAGGCAAGGCCAAGUGGGAUGCAUGGAAUGAACGUAAAGGAACAAGCAAAGAAGAGGCAAUGAAGAUGUACAUCUCAAAAGUUCAAGAACUGAAAGAUAAAUAUGGCAUGAAUUAAAAUAUGACCUUUUAAAGAAGGCCUGAUUUUUAGUUAACAAUUGUAGAAAAAAGCACUGACUCAUUGAGCUAAUUUGUUUCCUCAAUAAUAUAUGGGGAGAUAAUAUCUGAAUGAAACCAACUGCCUUACUGGUAGCUAUAUUUUGUGAUUAAUUUUGAUACUAAUACAUGGCAGUUCAUAUGACUUUUUGAGCCAUAGUGGAUUUAAUAAUGGCUUUACUGUAAAACUUAUAAGAAAAAAUAAAAUUGCAUCACAACCUUA